CCUUGCCGCUGUCAAAGAGAGGUCAGCAAGUAUCAGUUCAGCAAAAAAAUUUGUCAUUGUGGUUUUUGUUUCUGAGCGUACUCUUGAACAGUUUGUUAAUUACUUAAAUCUUCCUGUGGUGGAAAAAGAAGUAUUUCUGUAGAAAUUAAAGUAUUUAAUUCUAUAUUAAAGAUGGCGGCUAAAUAUCGUAUUGUAAUGGUCCGUCACGGGGAAUCUGAGUGGAAUCAGAAAAAUCUUUUCUGUGGUUGGUUUGACGCUAAUCUCAGUGACAAGGGCAAGGAAGAAGCACUGGCUGCCGGAAAAGCUAUCAAAGAGGCAGGAUUAAAAUUUGACAUUGCCCACACUUCUCUUUUGACCCGCGCACAGGUCACCUUGAACUCUAUACUGACCGAAUCCGGCCAAACCGGAAUAACAAUUCAAAAAACAUGGCGUCUAAACGAGCGUCAUUACGGUGGUUUAACUGGUUUAAAUAAAUCGGAAACUGCAGCCAAAUACGGCGAGGACCAAGUUCUAAUUUGGCGUCGCAGCUUUGAUGUCCCGCCACCAAACAUGGAACCAGAUCAUGCUUAUUACAAUUCAAUUGUUAAGGACGAUCGCUAUAAGGGCGAUCCAAAGCCAGAAGAGUUCCCGAUGGCCGAGUCGCUCAAGCUUACCAUAGCGCGUACACUGCCUUACUGGAACGACGUUAUCAUUCCACAGCUCAGAGAGGGUAAGAACAUCAUUAUCGCUGCCCACGGCAAUAGUCUGCGUGGUAUUGUCAAACAUCUGGACCAGUUGACCGAUGAAGCUAUCAUGGGCUUGAAUUUACCCACCGGUAUUCCUUUCGUAUACGAAUUGGAUGAGAAUUUGAAACCGGUUGUUUCGAUGAAAUUCCUUGGCGAUGAGGAAACUGUUCGGAAGGCUAUUGAAUCUGUUGCCAACCAGGGAAAGGCUAAGUAAAAUUAUGUAGACCAUCCUCUAAAAAGCUAUACUAAUUGUAAUGAUUACUCAUCUAUUAAGCAUGGCAAAAGUGACACGAAUCUAGACAAAAUUGUACGGAUUAUCUAUAUAUAUCUAAAAGAAGUGUAAUCAAUAAAAAAGUGCUAGUCAAUGAAGUUGAUUAAAAUAUAGAAUACAAAUUCCCUUAA